CAGGCCCUAGUGAGCAGCUAUUACCGCGAAAGGCCACCUCGGCAGCGACAGCCCGGGAGGGAGGUGAAGGUCGGCCUGGUUUUCAGCACUCCCGGGCUGGGCAAGAGAGUGAAAGAAGAGUGAAGAGAGUGUGAGACCGGGCCGUGGCCUCGCGGUCUAGCCGCUCUCCCUCCUAGACCUGCCCCGCUUGUUUGGAUUUAAUCUUCAGGUUUCCGGCGCCCGCCCGCCGGCCUCGCGGAGUGAGGGGAAGCGCUCGCGCCUGUGGCUGGCGCCUGCCGAGUCCGGACACCCGCCCGUCCUCUUCGCUUGCCCGCGGCAGCCGAGUCCCUGAACCGCGGGGUCGUGUUUGUGUUUGACCCGCGGGCGCCGGCAGUGGGGCGCGCGGCCGAGGCCAGUGCCGGCGGGGCGGGGCGGGCGCGGCAGAGGCGGAGGAAGAGGGAGCAGAAUCCCUGGGAGGCAGGGCGCCGCCAUGGAACUGGGCCCGGAGCCCCCGCACCGCCGCCGCCUGCUCUUCGCCUGCAGCCCCCCUCCCGCACCGCAGCCCGUCGUGAAGGCGCUGUUCAGCACGCCAGCCGCCGGGGGCCUGUCGCCUGUCACCAGCCUGACGGUCACCAUGGACCAGCUGCAGGGACUGGGCAGUGAGUAUGAACAGCCCCUGGAGGUGAGGAAUAGCUGUCUGCAGAGAAUGGGCUCCUCCGAAUCAACUGAUUCAGGCUUCUGUCUGGAUUCUCCUGGGCCCUUGGAUAGUAAAGAAAACCUUGAAAAUCCCAUGAGGAGAAUAAAUUCUCUGCCUCAGAAGCUCUUGGGGUGUAGCCCAGCUCUGAAGAGGAGCCAUUCUGAUUCUCUUGACCAUGAUGUCUUUCAGCUAAUUGACCAGGAUGAGAACAAGGAAAACGAAGCCUUUGAGUUUAAGAAGCCAGUAAGACCUGCAUCUCGAGGUUGCCUGCAUGCUCAUGGACUGCAGGAGGGUAAAGAUCUCUUCACACAGAGGCAGAACUCUGCCCCAGCUCGGAUGCUUUCCUCAAAUGAAAGAGAUGGCAGUGAACCAGGGCAUUUCACUCCUUUUUUUAUGCCCCACUCCCCUGUGACUGCCACUUUGUCUGAUGAGGAUGAUGGCUUCAUGGAUCUUCUCGAUGGAGAGAAUCUGAAGAAUGAUGAAGAGACCCCGUCAUGCAUGGCAAGCCUCUGGACAGCUCCCCUUGUCAUGAGAAGAACUACAAACCUGGGCAAUCGUUGCAAGCUGUUUGACUCCCCUUCCACGUGUAGCUCCACCAUCCCGUCAACGUUGAAAAGACCAGACCGAUCGCAAGAGGAGUCCCCACGUGGAAAUAGGAAGCGGAGGAAGAGCGUGGCUGGGGCCAGUCCCGAAGAGGCAGCUAGUCCAAAGAAGCCCCAGGAGAUUCUACAUCAGUCUUUAUGCCUGGUAUCUUCCCCAAAAGGGACCAUUGAGAAUAUUUUGGAUAAUGACCCAAGGGACCUUAUAGGAGACUUCUCCAAGUGUUACCUCUUUCAUACAGUUGCUGGAAAGCAUCAGGAUUUAAAAUACAUCUCUCCAGAAAUUAUAGCGUCUGUUUUGAGUGGCAAGUUUGCCAACCUCAUUAAAGAGUUUGUUAUCAUUGACUGCCGAUACCCAUAUGAAUAUGAGGGAGGCCACAUCAAGGGUGCAGUGAACUUGCACAUGGAAGAGGAGGUUGAAGACUUCUUACUCAAGAAGCCCAUCGUACCUACGGAUGGCAAGCGUGUCAUCGUGGUGUUCCACUGCGAGUUUUCUUCUGAGCGAGGCCCUCGCAUGUGCCGAUAUGUGAGAGAGAGAGAUCGGCUUGGUAACGAGUACCCCAAACUCCAUUACCCGGAGCUAUAUGUCCUGAAGGGCGGAUAUAAGGAGUUCUUCCUGAAAUGCCAGGAUUGAGCAACAUACCAAAGGAGGGACCACUGUAAAGGAGAUAGGAGUUUCAGUUGUGUUCUGAAGGAGCCAGAGAGGAUACUGCAGAAGGAAAUCAGGCAGAUGGUGAGUCACGGGCCCACAUGCAACCAGAGAAACUUGGACCUGUAAUACUGGGGGCUAUUGCCAGAAUGGAUACCAGCUGGAGCAAAAGUGUAUUACAAAAUAGAGUGGUGCCAAGAUAGCAAGUAAUAUGUGUUCUCUUUUGGUGGUGGGCUGUACCACGUGGCUUGUGCGAUCUUAGUUUCCCGACCAGGGAUGGAACACAGGCCCUCAGCAGUGAAAGUGCGAAUUCCUAACCACUGGACACCAGGGAAUUCCCUCAAGCUUCAUUUAGACAUAGUCCCCUUCUGAUUUGCCUCUAUAGUAGAGGCAUUAUUCCAGCCUUUAAAAAAAAAUUAUGAGACAAUGUGUGAAGAAAGGAAGUCCCCUGUGAUACCAACCUCCAGUGAGUGUUACUGUUAACGUGCUCAUAAAGAUUAGGAGGGGAGAGCACUAUCUCCUUCAUCUCCCCACUUCCUCUCCCAGAUGGUUUAUUAACCCUUCCAAAGAGACACUGCAUGUCUAAGCACAGCCACCCUACUCUCCAUUCAACUUUUGUCACACCAUUUUUUUAAACAGUAUAUAUAUUUAGGUAUAUAUACAUGUACGUAUAUAAAGAGAGUUAUGUACAAUAUAUAGAGGUGAUUUUCAACUGCAUAUAAAAUCACAUGGCUGUACUCUGUUUAACCCAUCCCAUAUUACAGUACCUUCCCAAAGAGAAGACUCCAUAUUCCUAAUGAGAAGAUUCGAAAGUUUUGAUUAGUUAGACCACAAACUAAGUUCAUGGCGGAAAUAGCUAAAUAUCUACUAUAGCUAUAAAUAUAUUAUUUGUACACAUUUAAAAGCAUAUAAAUGUUAAUUUAGAUAUGCUGCUUUUUCUCAAUCUUUCAGAAUGAAUUGUUAUUUAAACUCUUCAACAUCUAUUUCUGUAUCAUGGGCUAUUUUUGUAUUGUAUAUUUGAGGUGAUACAGUACUUUUCUAAUUCAUUUAUGAAAAACUUUAUACCAAAACCAGCUAUCCUUUCUUGUAAUUAGGGUUUUUUCAUUUGUCACGUCAGUGUAUAUUUAUGACUUCUACAAGAUCAGUACCCUUUUUUUUUUUUUUUUUUUUUUUUGCCGUACGCGGGCCUCUCACUGUUGUGGCCUCUCCCGUUGCGGAGCACAGGCUCCGGACGCGCAGGCUCAGCAGCCACGGCUCACGGGCCCAGCUGCUCCGUGGCAUGUGGGAUCUUCCCAGACCGGGGCACGAACCCGUGUCCCCUGCAUCGGCAGGCGGACUCUCAACCACUGCGCCACCAGGGAAGCCCCACUACCUUUUUUAAUCAUGAGGAAUUUCAAACAUAAAAGUAGAAUAAGAAGCCCCUUUUCUGCGCAUCACACAGCUUCAACAUCUACUCAGAGCAAGUCUUGUUUCUCUUCUUCACCUCACCCGAUUUUGCUUUUUAAAUUUACUUUGAGGGAAUUCCCUGGUGGUCCAGUGACUAGGACUCUGCAUUUCCACUGCAGGGGGCAGAGGUACGAUCCUUGGUUGGAGAACUAAGAUCCUGCAAGCUGCACGGUAUGGCCAAAAAUAAAUAAAAUAAAUUUAUUUUGAGCAGGUAAUACUUCUGGAUUGUUGCCAAAGCUAGCUGGUCUCCUCUCUGGCCUGUUGUUGCCACAGUCACCUUGCUAAAAUGAAUAAUUCAUUCAAACCAUUCUUCUUUGAGAAUUUAGUGUUUCUUUGCCUAUAAAAUGAAACCUGAACUCUAGCCCAUGUGCUAAGAUAUAACCCAGCCUUAUUUGUGUUCAUCUUAAGCUCCAAUAACAGGGUGGUAUUCUGUUUUCCAGAAUGCACCCUGCCCUCUGAACCUUGCUUGCUAGAGCUGGAAGCCUGCCAUGCAGAAAGUUUACAUUUACUAUUAAAAAAAAAAAAAAAAUUAAUGGGCACCCACAAGGUUGAGGGCUGGUUAACUGAAAACCUUCAGCAAGAAAACUCAUUAAAAAAUUUGAGGACAACUGUGUGCAAGGCAUGAUCCCUUGGUUCAGAUCAGAAUUUUUAAAGGACAUAAGGUUGUAUAAAAAAAUUCAACACUCAUAUUCCGCACACAGCUUAAGAGUAAACAGCAUGGCUGAAGCCCCCUGCCUACCCCAGCUUGGUUAUAAACCCUCCAGUCUUCCUGCAUCCUCCUCAAGGUAACCAUUAUCCUUCACUGGCAUGACUGUUUCCUAAGCAAGAAGAUACAGAAUAGUUUUUCAUGUUUAAAACUUCUACAUAAGUCUCUGCAUUUUGUGGGCAUUCAUCUGCAACUCUGGUUUUUACUACUCUGCUUCUCACACUAAACCACAUGAGGGCAGUUUGCUCCAGGAAGGUCAAAACAUGGGUCAAUAGUGACUCUCUGGGCCAACCACUCCAGGGGACGAAACUGCAAGUAAGCCACUUCUCCUUCUCUGGGGCCUUUUCUCAUGGAUCACAAAGGGCAUUUGAAGUAGAUGUUUCCCUGUGGCCACCCCUGUCCCAGCAUUCUGUGGCUCAGGUAUUUGAAUGGCCCUUUGGAUACCCCAGUACCCACUUCAGGAUCUACUGUGAAGAAGUACCUCUGUGGAAGAAGAGCUGGUUUUUUACGUGCCCAUUCAACAGACAUUCGAAUUGUUCUAGGCACUGUAGAUAAGGAGGUGUGUGAGAUGCAGGUUUUCCCUCAAGGAGCUCACCAACUAAUGGGAGGAGGAACUCCUUAAAGAUCAGGAGCCCUUGGGAGUAACACUUGCAUGUAACUGAAGCUAGGAUAAGAGGCAGGUUCAAAGGAAAUGGCGCCCAGGAGGAGUGGCAGGAAGCACACCACAGAAGUGACCAUUAAGCCUAAUCUCGAGUAGAAGUCUCAGGAGAGAGAGGGCAUUCCUAGAAGAAGGACUAAAUGGUACAAAGGUGACAGCAUACCCUCAUGAACGUAGGUGAGGUAAGAAUGAAGUUUGGGGGUCAGGGGUGGUAGAGAGGGACACUCCUUCAAUAUGGAGCUGAGGGGUCUGCUUCAGGGAUCUCUGAGAGCAGGACUUCUCAGACUUAGCAGAAGAAACACUUGGGGAACAUGUUAAAAUGUAGGUUCUGGACUUCCCUGGUGGCACAGUGGUUAAGAAUCCGCCUGCCAAUGCAGGGGACACGGGUUCAAGCCCUGGUCCGGGAAGAUCCCACAUGCCGCGGAGCAACUAAGCCCGUGCGCCACAACUACUGAGCCUGUGCUCUAGAGCCAACGUGCCGCAACUACUGAAGCUUGCAUGCCUAGAGCUCGUGCUCUGCAACAAGAGAAGCCACCACGAUGAGAAGCCCUCGCACUGCAACGAAGGGUAGACCCCGCUCUCCGCAAUUAGAGAAAGCCUGCACACAGCAACGAAGACCCAACACAGCCAAAAAUAAAUAAAUAAAAUAAAAUUUUUAAAAAAUGCAGGUUCUGAUUCUGUAGGGCUGGGACCUGAGAUUCUGCAUUUCUAACAAGCUCCUGUUGCUGCAGGUCCUUGGACCACACUUUAAACAGCCAGCUUGUGUGAAGCAGUACAGUCGCUGAUGGCAGGGUGGAGGAUGGCUGGUUGGUGAGAAAUGAUGAGGGCAUUGAAGAGAAGGGCAGUGGGCAUGAGGACCUGAUGAGGGCUGGGUGGGAGGGAGGGAGGGAGGGACCUAGGUUCCUGACCUGAGGAACUGGGUAGACCCUUGACACUUAGAGCAAAAAAAUGCAGGAUGAAAGGAAGUAUCUGUACUGAGGAACUAUAUAAAAUUACCAGCCUAGAUUCUUCACACAUGUCAGUGUCAUACACAACCAAGAGGCUAAGGAACUGUUCAGAUUAAGGAGACUCAACAGACAUGACAAGUAAAUGAAAUAUGUGAUCCUGGAUGGGAUCUGGGACCAAACAAAAAGUGCUAGGUAGGACAUUUGGGGACAACUGACCAAGUGGAAAUAUAGACUAUUGAUUAGGUUAAAAUAUUGUCUUGAUGUUAAAUUUCCUGAAUUUGAUAAUUAUAGAAGGAUAUCCUUAUUUUCAGGAAAUAACACACUGAGGUUAAGGUUAAGGACUAUGAUGUAACCUACUUCCAAAUGGUUUCAUAAAAAAAAACUGUGUGUGUGUGUGUGUGUGUGUGUGUGUGUGUAACAGAGACAACAGAGAGGAGAAAGCAAAUGAGGCAAAUGUUAAAAAAUAAAUGACUUGGUAAAGUGGGUAGGGGAGUUCUUUGUACUAUUCUUGCAGCUUUUCUGUAAGUAUGAUAUUUCAAAAGAAAACAUUUUAGGAGGAGGGGACAGCAGUGCUGAGCUCCUCCUAUGUGGACAGGGUGGGUUUGGACAGUGGACUGUCCAGAUUCCUGGGUGGUCAGGGGAUGAACGUGAGGGAAUUGCUCUGGAGAAAUAUCCAGGCUGGUGACAGCAACUUGUCCCAGGCAUGCAAAUGGCAGUUGAAGGGACAGGUGGAGAGAGGUCCCAGUGGGGGAGGGGACCCGAGGGAAGGGGAGCUGGAGGCGGGAGGGAGGUCAGAUCUCUGGGAGAGGGGGAAGGAGAGGGCGUGGAGCUGCAGGCCAAGUGCCCUAGGGAGGAUCACAGAGAUAAGGUAAACUCCGCUGCCUGUGGCCGGAAUGUCUCUGAGACCUUGAUGAAAAAAGGCUGCCCACACUGGGGCGGGGCGGAGGAGCAGCCGGAGCUGAGUGAUCUCGGGCAGUUCUCAGCCCCUUGUGACUGUGACCUGGCGGCAGGGGUGGGAGUGGGGAUUACCUCCUCGAUGAUUCUAAUAUCUUAAGACUUUGGCCUUUCUGAUUUCCAAGUGAUGAUGCCUGGAAGUAGUGUAAAGCCCAGUCUAGGGCUCCCUGUUUGCACACUCUCAGGACGGAGCUCAGCCCUUCCGGGGGGCGCAUCACCUUCCAGUGAUGGACAAAGCGGGUCAGGUCUUCGGGCAAAGUCAAAUAGCCCACCCUGGCACCUCCGCCCAGAUUUUCUUUGUUCUCUCCUUUCGCCUCGCGGCGCUUGCAGGCGCGACCACUGCAAGAACCGGAGUACGCCACCAGGUGGCGACGGUGCCCCAAGGUUAGCCUCCUCAAGCAUCUGCCUUCCAGCCUCUCUUCCCGGAAUCAGCAACUGGGAGGAGUUGGGGGAGUCCGCGGGAGCCCCGCACCGCGACCUGCCUUACAGCUGCAUUCAAGGACAUCCUGCCUGCCCCAGUGCAGGCAAAGCUGUGGCUUCUUUUUCAGGCUGCAGUUCCCAGUAGCCUAGUUUGAGCGUGUGCUUCAUGUACCACAAAGCAGGGGCACCAAAAAGGGAAACAAAAAGAGGAGGAGGGGCUUCCCUGGUGGCGCAGUGGUAGAGUCCACCUGCCGAUGCAGGGGACACGGGUUCGUGCACCGGUCCGGGAGGAUCCCACAUUCCGCGAAGCGGGUAGGCCCGUGAGCCAUGGCCGCUGAGCCUGCGCGUCCGGAGCCUGUGCUCCACAACGAAAUAAGAAAUAAGAAGGCAGGGACUUCUCUGGUGGUCCAGUGGUUAAGAAUCCGCCUUCCAAUGCAGGGGACGCAAGUUCGAUCCCUGGUGGGGGAACUAAGAUCCCACAUGCAACUAAGCCUGGGUGCCGCAACUACUGACCCCGUGUGCUCUAGAGCCCGCGCGUGGUAGCUAGAGAGAAGCUCACAACUAGAGAGAAGCCUGCGUGCUGCAACGAAAGAUCCCCAAUGCGACAACGAAGAUCCCGCAUGCCGCAACCAAGACCUGAUGCAGCCAAAGAAAGAAAGAAAGAAAGAAGGCCUAUGUUCCAAUCCUGGCUCUGCCCUUAGCUAGCUGUGUGACCCCUGUGUGACUCUCUGGACUUCAGAGGUCUUAUCAAUAAAGAAUGGGCUUGGUUAGCACCCCCAUCCCUCCAACCCAGGACUCCUCUCCCAUUCUUGCACUCAUGUUCUCACCUUUGCUGACACCUCUGGGGAAUGCCCUUCUUUUUCCAGAGAAUUCAUUUAUUCUUGUAAAAAUGAGUAAUAUAAUUAUUGAAAUUUAAAACUCAGUUGAUAGGUUAAGUUACAGAUUAGACCCAAUUGAAAAGAUAAUGCACUGGAGAAAUGUGCUAGGAAAUUAUUUAGAAUGUAACUGUAAAACAGUAUUUAUCAUACACUGAUCAGGAGAGUAGGAAAGAGGUGGAAAGAGAGAAGAAAUAAAACAUAAUGGAAAGGUCUCUCUACAUCAAAUUUGAGUCCCAGAGGAAAGAAUAGAGAAAAUGGAGGAAAGUUAAUUUUUAAAGAAAGAGUGCCUGAUGAAAAAUUGGAAUCUACAAAAUCAAGAAAACCCCAUGAAUCCUAAGCAGAGUAAAUAAGAAGAAAUCUGCUGCUGGGCAUGUAAUGUGGGCAGAAUACCAAAGACAAAGGAUCUUAAGCACACACUGAAUCAAAGACUAGAGCCCUUAACACAGGGACAACACAGCAGCUCCUCACCAGCAACAAUGGGAGACUUAAGACUCUGGGAGGCCGUGCACAACGCGUUGAAAGUCAAGUUAGAAUGGUGUAACUGGCAAAACCAACUUGCAAGAAUGAGAGUAAAACAAAGAGAAUCACAGAUAAACAAAAGAAACGAGUUCCCCACCAAGAGAACUGAACUAGGUGAACUUCUAAAGGAUACACUUCAAAAGCAUGGGAAAGGAUCCCAGAAGGUCAGUAAUGUAACAGGGGCCGAGGAAAAGCACAAUAAUAAACAUAUAGAUGGGAGUGUGGGAACAGGGUAGGUGGGCAUUGCUGGCUCACAUGCCCCCUCUAGGCUGUGUGCUCCAGAGACCGGGGACUAUGAAUGAAAAACAGACAAACUGACUCUGAGGGUGCCCCACAGCAUCAUAAUACUUCCAUUCAAAAUCCACUGCAGAAUCUGCACCACCCUAUUCACUGGAGAUUAUUACUAGGGUUAUUUCCAGAGAGAAGACUGGUCAGGUUAACCAAGGUAGCUCUGACAUCUUUCUUUCAAGAUAUUUUUUAAGUGGUGUGUUAUACAUUAUUGCAAUCUUCAGUAUUUUUCAAAUACAAACAAGCAAAAAAAAGUGUUUUUAUUUUGAAACCAAAAGCAGUGAAUCUGGGGAUCCAACAGUCAUUCAGUGCUUAUAUUCAUAACAAACACCCAUGGCUUCAGGUUACAAAAAACAAAGGCUUUGAGUUGACUACAAAAGAAAAGCCAUCCUCCUGAGCCUUGUUUUAGUGUUUUUUUCUACCAAUUAAAGGACAUCUGGACUUCCCUGGUGGCGUAGUGGUUGAGAAUCCGCCUGCCAGUACAGGGGACACGGGUCCGAGCCCUGGUCCGGGAAGAUCCCACAUGCCGCAGAGCAGCUAAGCCUGUGCGCCACAACUACUGAGCCUGCGCUCUAGAGCCCACGAGCCAUGACUACUGAGCCCGCAUGCCACAACUACUGAAGUUCGCACACCUAGAGCCCUUGCUCCACAACAAAAGAAGCCACUGCAUUGAGAAGCCCACGCACUGCAAUGAAGAGUAGCCCCCGCUCACCGCAACAAGAGGAAGCCCUCGUGCAGCAAUGAAGACCCAAUGCAGCCAAAAAUAAAUAAAUUAAAUAAUGUUUUAAAAAUAAAUAAAUAAUAAAAGACAUAUUUCUCAAAAUUUCAAAAGUAAUGCAUGUUCACUGUAAAAAAUAAAAACAGCAUGGAAAUGCUGAUAAGUCUCAUUGUCCUUCCCACCCUUCUUCCUAAUCCCACAUCCCUCUGAAGAGAAAGCCCCUGUUAACUUUGUCAUGUCCCUUUCUGGACACUUUUCUGUGUAUUUAUAAUAUAUGAUAUGUGGUACAUAUGGAUAUGGAUGUGUCAUUUCUAUUUAGAUAUACAUACACACAUG